UUCAUUAAUUUUAUUUUCAUCUUCUGCCACAUGACUUACCCUUGCAGUUGAUUUUGGACUGUUUUCCUCGAUUUUUACAGUUUUUACGAUUCCAUCAAUUUCAUGUGGUUUUUCCGAUAUAUCAGGAUGAUCUUUAGCAUUUUCUAAGCAAGGUGUCUCAGCUUUUUGAUCUGUUAUAACGACACAACUUGAGACUUCUUCGUUUGGUGAAGAUUUUUCAGCAAACAUAUGGGGCGCAUUCUUCGAGUUCUCGGCCAUGUUCAAUUAAAUUUAUCAGUUACUCAGUAACAUUACAUUAUGUCAAACUUAGUAUUGAGGUUCAAAACAGAUUUCCAAGUACAUUUUCUGCAUUGUGCAUACCUUUUACAUUUUUUAUUUAUAAAUCAAAACAAACUUCAAAUCAUCUGAAGGUGACGUUUGACGUACAACUGACGUACAACUUGAUUCAUUACAGAAAUCUAUAAAAAAGUGAAUGUAAAUCUGUCUCAUAGAUGUCGCCCUAAAGAAAUUCAUAGUGUACUUGCUUCGAUGCCUUCUUCAAAUAUAUGCAACACAUCUGUAAUCUUACUAGAUCCAUGCUCAAAGCUAUAUUUCACGAGUAUCCGUCACGCUCAUAAUUUUCAGUUAUCUUGAAGGUUUUCCCAUCCCAGCUCCUACAAUGUACCUAUUUGCACGCGUCUACCACGGAUGGCGCCACUGUAGAUUUCUACCGUACCGACUUGACGCUUAAAGCAGCACACCCAAUCAGAUUCAAACUUUUCGUAACUGACAACUUGUCAACGGUUCGUUCAUCGGUGUUCGGGCAGUCGUUGAUAUAUUUUAAACGGAAACCGUUACACCACCUUUUAUCCAACUUUUUACCAAAAUAACGUAGAUUUAGUAACGUCAAAAUGUCGAAAAAGACUUCAGAAGAAGCCUCGGUGAUCCCAGAUAUAGUCUUCGAUAAAUCAACCAGGACUACAUACAAGAAAGGUAAAUUCUACGGGAAGGGUGGCUUUGGAAGAUGCUACGAACUGAUAAACUCGUCAACAAACAUGCUUUAUGCCGGAAAAAUUGUUUCGAAGGAACUGAUAGCAAGUCAAAACCAAAAAGAGAAGAUGACACAGGAAAUCCAUAUACAUCAAACAUUAAGCCACGUAAACAUCGUUGGAUUCCAUAGCUUUUUUGAAGAUAAUCAUAAUGUGUAUAUAGUCUUAGAACUGUGUAGAAAAAGGUCCAUGAUGGAACUGCAUAGGAGAAGGAAAACUCUAACUGAACCUGAAACAAGGUAUUACAUGAAACAGAUUCUGGCAGGGGUACACUAUCUUCAUUCUAAUAGGAUUAUCCACAGAGAUUUGAAAUUAGGAAAUCUGUUUUUAAGUGAUGACCUGAUCGUCAAAAUAGGUGAUUUUGGCCUUGCUGCUAAGAUUGAAUUUGAUGGAGAGAGAAAAAAGACAUUGUGUGGCACUCCGAAUUACAUAGCUCCUGAGAUUCUGAAAAAAACAGGACAUUCUUUUGAAGUAGACAUAUGGUCUGUGGGAUGCAUCAUGUAUACUCUCUUGGUCGGCAAACCUCCAUUUGAAACCGAGACUCUCAAGGAAACUUACGCUAAAAUUAGGAAAUGUGAUUAUAAAAUAUCAGCGUUCAUUAGUGCGGUGGCAAAAGGUAUGAUCGUGCUGAUGUUGCAACCUGAACCGAGCAAACGUCCCCCAGUCGAGAAACUGAUGCAACACCCUUUCAUGAUACACGGUUAUUGUCCCAGCAGCCUUCCGGUCAGUUCACUCACAAUGGAACCCAGGUUCCAUAACGUUGAUGCUAUGGCGAGUGGCAGAACGCCACUGUUGGAGACUAAACAAUAUAAUUCACGAUUGUUGCCCAAGGAACCGUAUUCUAUCGCAUCUGGUCAAAUGUCGAAUGCAAAGGUUUUUAAUGGACCAGAGAAUUUCAAGAUCAUUAAAGCGAUGAUCACAAAGGUAUUGAAAUCCAAACCCUUGAGGAACAAUCAUGGUUACAUAGACGAAAUGACUGAUCCAGCGUCUCAACCUUUGAUUUGGGUGUCGAAAUGGGUGGAUUACAGCGAUAAGUAUGGAUUUGGCUACCAGCUGUGCGAUGAAGGAGUUGGAGUUAUGUUCAAUGAUACGACCAAACUGAUUAUGCUGCCGAAUGGAAUCAACGUGCACUACAUAGACAAGAACGGCGACGAGAGCUACAUGACAAUGGACACCUACCCUAAGCAGUACGAGAAGAAAAUGAAGCUGCUGUCGUACUUCAGCAGAUACAUGCGCGAGCACCUUGUCAAAACGGGCGCGGAACACGUCAGGCAGAACGAUACCGUGUCUCGCAUCCCGCAUUUGCACCAAUGGGUGCGAUCCACGUCCGGGGUGCUGAUGCAGCUCAACAACGGCACCGUACAGAUGAACUUCGGGGACCACACGAAAAUAAUAAUGUGCCCUCUGAUGACCGCCAUCACUUACAUAGACAAAGAUUCAACUUUCAGCACUUACACGUUCGAUACGAUCGAAAAAAAUGGAUGCUCGCAGGCACUGUUCGAAAAAAUGCACUACGCCCUCGACAAGAUUAACGUGCUUCUGCAGAAGGAUUUGUGAUUUUUCAACGUGGAAAAAAACUGUCUCCUAAAAUAUUCUUUAACCGAUACGUUUCGAUUUUUAUGUCCAGUAAACAAGGUAAAAUUUCCAAAAUGAUGUGAAUGAGCCGGGUUUUGUGCAGAUGCUUGAUGUCCAAGGAUGAGCUGGAAAUACGCGUUAAUUUGGUUUGAAGUAUGAUACUACGUUUUUCCAAAGAAAUAGGUCUAGUAUAGAAUCGACAUGAUUUUUACUCAGAAAGCAAAUUAUACUUUUCCGAGGGCUUUUGAUGCUCUGAAUCCGGAUCUGUGGCCGACAUAUCGAAGCUAAAAGUGCAAAUACAGCUAGUUAUGCCCAUGUUUGAGGUUUGUAGCAUGGGGGAUUAUUUUUUCGAAAAACUACGUCAAAUCACCCACAUUCUUUUUUUUUCAUUUUUCUGGCUUUCAUUUUAUCCGAUACAAAUUUUAAUAAGUUGAUGUAUUUUUGUGAGACUUGCUAGUUAAAAAACUCAUGAAUCCUCUACUAAAUCCAUAAGAUAUGAGAAAAAACCUGAAUCACAACCAACCCUACGUAUCAAGGCAGAGCUUAAUCUUCUUGCUUUCGAUUUCACACUUUUUUUUAAAUAUAAAAUUAUUUUCUCCUGAUCUAGAUGAAAGAAUAAUUUUUUUGCAGUUUUUUUCUAUUAUCUCGAAAAUUUGGAUUGAGCGCAUCAAAAAUUACACUCUGGUUUCUGAGUAAGAAGGUCAGUUCACUUUUGUCGGCUCUUUCAAGAAAAUUUCCAGAGAUGCUUCAAAACCAUUAUAUAUUACAAAUCAUAAGUUUUAUUUCAAAAAUAGAUGUUUUUUCUUGUGUAUGUGAUGGGUGAGUUAUUUAGAGGUACUUGUAAAAAAGAAAAUCGUAAUUCCGUAAUGGACUGCACUAACAGCCGACAUUUGAAGGAAAUAAUCUUUCAAAAUUAAACGUCAGAAAACUUGAACAUUUUUUAUUUUCCAUAAAGUACCUCUAUCUAAAAGAAUUAUCCGUUACUCCAAGAAAUAUUCAUAGUUUAUUACCUGCUAAAGUAUUUUAUAUCCGUCUUCGUUAAAAUCUAGCUUGAUCGAAUUGAUUUUCAGUCGUACUCUUUACUGGACAAGGUCGAAUAUCCAGUGUAUAUGCAUUUAUUGGUUAUGUGGACGUUUGGCACGAGGUGCCAUCUUCUAUAGUAUUAUUUAAUUUUUUAUAUUGAUAUAGCCUUUCGUUGGGAAACCUGAAAUAUAGUUCGUUUCUAGUGUUAUUAUUAUUUAAAAAGAAAGAGGUAUAUUCAAAAACUUAUAUUACUUGACUCUAUUGCUGUAUUUCUUUAAUUUUAUUCGAAUUAUUUUGCCUGAAUCUGCUCUAGAGUGGCCAAAUACACUGGUCAACAAAAUUUUAACUUUGUCGUGCCACACGGACUUUUUUGAUAUUUUUUACUUUAAUUGGUGAUUGUAAGAAAAAAUAAACAGUUAAAAAAAUUUGCUAGACAAGGAUUUUAUUCUAUUGAGUAAUUUAAAAUAUUAAGAAAAAACGCAGAUCUCGUAAAUCAAAAGUUAUUUUUUUUUAUAAAUGACUCAAUAAUCUAAGAUUUUCUUGAAUAUUUAGCUUCUGGUUGGUCCCUUUUAAUUGUUCAGCAGUAAUCUGCUAACAUAUUUGGGCUCCAUUUGCCCUGGUACCGCUUUUCCAUAUUAGAAAUGUCCUGAUGGAACCUCUCACCGUGCUCGUCGCUGACAGCCCCUAAAUUGUCAGGAAAAAAAUCCAGGUGCGAGUCCAAAAAAUGGAUCUUAAGUGACAUGUUGCAACCCAAUGCUUGAUAUGACAAUAAUAGCUCGCUAACCAACUCUCUGUAGCUGCCACUCUUGUGGUUACCCAACAACAUUUUUAUAAGCCUUCCAUGCAGAUGUUUCUAAAUCGCUUAAUUUUUCUUCAAAUCUUGAAUCUUUUAUUAACUCCCUAAUUUGAGGGCCAACAAAAAUACCCUCUUUUAUCUUCGCAUCGCUUAUUUUAGGGAAUUAUUCGUUUAGAUACAAAAAUCCACUCCCAUUGCGAUCCAUUGCCUUCGCAAAAUUUUUUUAUUAAUCCUAAUUUGAUAUGCAAUGGUGGUAGAAGCACAUUAUUUGGCUGUACAAGGGGUGAAUACUUUACGUUUUUUUGCCCAGGAACUAACGAUGCACGCGUAGGCCAUGUGUUUUUUUAUAUAGUGAUCAGUUCUGUCUCGGCUAUCCCAUUCACAUAAAAAGCAGCAAAACUUUGUAUAACCCAGCUGAAGUCCAAGUAAUAGUGCAACGACUUUAAGAUCACCGCAGAUUUUGAAGGAAUAUGUACUGUAAUUUAUUUUUUCAAGUAAAAGUUUCAUAUUUUCAUAGGUUUCUUUCAUAUUUGCAGCAAGGGCCAGAGGUACAGACGGAAGCUUAUUUCCAUUAUGCAAUAACACCGCUUUUAGACUUGCUUUCGAAGAAUCAAUGAAUAAACGCCGCUGAGAGAGAUCAAAAUCUAUGUCCAACAUUUUCAUAAUCUCAUUUAUGUUAUUGCAAAACACCAAAACUCCAUCCUGAGAAUAAAACGUUCUGAAGUGUUGAUCACGGUCUCGAAAAUAGCUAACUUUUGUAUUAUGAUUUAGCAAAUUCCAUUCUUUUAGACGUGAUCCCAAUAGUUCUGACAGCGUUUUUGACAAAUUUAAAUCCCGAACCGAAUCAUUUAGAUCUCCUCGAGUUAUCAAAUGUGGCUCGUUUACAAUUCCUUUUAACUCAAAGUCAUCGUCCUCGUCAACACAUUCUCCUGAAGUGGACGGUUGCGAAUUGUUCUCAACAGACGUACUUGCAACUGGUAUUAGUUCUGGCAAUUUUUUACAAUGAGAGAGUGGUCUUAUAGCCGAAGAUAAGUUAGGGUGAAUAACUGUGGUUUUUUUCUUGUAAUUUAUACCUUGAGACAAAAAUAGCAAUCUGAAACGUGAUCUCGCUGUUUCAGUCCAUAUCAUGGGUACAGCAAACGGCAUAGGUCGUGCACCUUUCUUCCAGUCAGUUAAAUUUUUCACAUACGUUAUGCAACGGACAUGAGGGGCCCAGGAUUUGUCUUGAUGGGCGACAGAGAAACCAAAACAUCGGUGAUAACACUCCAACACAAGAUUCGUAAAAUUUCGUCGUUGUUUUUGGAAUGUUCUCCGCAGACAUAACAAAAAGAGUUAGGAUCAUUAUUACACUUCCUCGACAUAUAAAUCACAAAAAAGUGUUCAAAUUCAACAACAAAUAUUUUUAUAAGGAUUUACUUGUAAGCGUUUCUGUUAAUUUACCGCCGUUGUACUAGUUACGAGUAUUACCGUAUCACAACAAAUAUGAGGCUGAUAGACAUAUGACAGCUGUCAUGUAAUAAUGAGGGUAGACUGAUAAAACAAAAGUUCGUGUGGCAGAACCAGUGUUGACCAGUGAUAUCUAUCGUUUUCAGACUUUACAAUCUAUUUUGGUAAUUUUUUGAUCUUCAUCACUUCUUUUGGAGUGAAUCAAGGCACUGUUUAUCUUCUGUAGUGUGUUUUUAAGAAGAUGGGACUUUCAGUAAGAUCACAGUAUAUAUCAUUGCUUUUUAUCUAGAGUUAGAAUAUCUAAAAAUCGUAAAAGUUCGACGUACCUAUAUAUUUUCAACCGUUUACUAACUUCAUUUUUAUAGUUUUCCCACCAACAUCCAAAAUGCUGCAAAGCUCUCCUGGACUGUUAUAUAUACUAAACGUAUAUAACAAUCCAGAAGAAAGCUUUUCAGAUGUGGAGAUUUGAUGAAUCAACGUUUGAAUGUUAUUUUUGACGUGUAUCCUACAUCUUGCUUUUUCUUUCAAAUCAGCAAAAGAACGGAUGACUCAAAAAAUUACUAACGUUUCUUCGGUUAUUUCUGUGGCCAUAGAAAUAGCAGAAAACGUGUAUAAAACAUUCCGCCUUAAUUCGUAAAACGUUAGUGUCGAGAAGUGAGUCGGAAAAAGCAAAUUUACGACGUACAUUGUUGUGUUCGAUAAGACGUAUUUUUGGUUCGUCGUGAACUAGUUGUAAAUGCUAUAUUAUAAGGCUUUUAUGUUCAGUUUCUCAAUAAAGUUUUAUAUAUUUUUGAA